AAAAUGAAGAUUACUUUUUCCGCAGAUUACGAUCAGUUUGGCACAAACACAGAUUAUGACGAAGAUGUAGACGGUGAGGAUCCAGAAACUAUGCCACGUUUAUUUCAAGGCGAUAUAGCUAUUGAUCCUUAUACUUACAUCUCUUUAAGACUUGGUGUAAAUCCAAUGAAACAUCCGAAGCGUUUAUGGCCAAAUGCCACAAUACCAUUCGAAAUAAGUCCACUUUAUUUAAGCCAAGAACGUGCAGCUAUAAUACGUGCAUUGAAAACGUUUAAUUCAUUGACAUGCGUUAAAUUCAUACCUUAUGAUGGUGAAACAGAUGACUAUGUUUUAAUAUCACCGCCAGAAGAUGGACCACAGGGUUGUUGGUCCUACGUUGGUAAGCAAGGUGGCGAGCAAUUAGUGUCGUUGCAAAGACCAGACGACACAAGUUUGCAUUGCUUUAGCAGUGAAGGUCGCAUUAUGCAUGAACUAAUGCAUGCCAUCGGUAUUUACCAUGAGCAAUCUCGUGCUGAUCGCGACAAUUUUGUAAAAAUCCAUUGGGAUAAUAUCGUGCCAAAAUUUCGUAAGAACUUUAAACUUAUAUCGCAAAAGAAGGGCAAAUACACUUUUGAUUAUGAUUACAAUUCCGUUAUGCAUUAUGGUGAAUUUUAUUUCAGCAAAAAGAAAGGUGAAAAACCAACUAUGACUCCAUUGCAGCCAGGUGUACGCAUUGGACAACGUAGAACUAUUUCCAAAACCGAUUGCUUGAAAAUAAACGAUCUUUAUGGUUGCCUAAAGGGACGACAAGCUAAAAUGUACAAAAAUUUUUGUAAGUUGUUAGCUCUUUAA